ACCUAUUCAGGACAUUCUUAUGUUAAGAGAAACAUAGGCUGUAUGUAUGAUUCCCCAUUUCAAGUUUUGGAACUUUGUAUCAUUAUAUAAUAAGAGAUGAUAUUUAACAUUAGCCUACAUUAUACCCUGGUUUACUAUUUGGCUUGCAGCUGUCUGCUUUUUAAUAGCUAGUUAGAAGAUAUUGCUCACCGAGCAUUUUGACGUUAGUUGCACAUUUAAAAAGUUUAGAUGUGUUGCGCGUUAGCCUACACUGCGUGCUCAUUUUGAAUAAUACAAUAAUUUAAGUUGCAGUUUCUGUAGACUAAACUAACAGUGCGCGCAGGUACACAAGGGUACCCAAAAACGUUGUCAUUAUGGGCGACAAUCCUGACUUUGAUAACAAAGCAAUUAAAGAGGAGAAAAAUGGUCUGGAUCUGAGGAAAACGAACCCUUCCAAAUCCGUGGACAUGGAGGAACAAAUUGAAUGUACGAGCAUCUCGAAUGAGAACCAGGACAAUAGGCCUUCAACUACCACGCGUUUAUACAAAAGGAGAUGGGUGAUGGUGUUCCUUUUCAGCUGUUACUCCCUGUGCAACGCAUUUCAAUGGAUCCAAUACGGAAUAAUCAACAAUAUUUUUAUGAAAUUCUACAAUGUGGACUCUUUUACCAUUGACUGGAUGUCAAUGGUCUAUAUGUUGACCUAUAUUCCUUUUAUAUGGCCUGUCUCCUGGCUUUUGGACAAAAAGGGACUGCGGCUCAUAGCACUGAUGGCCACUGCAAUUAAUUGCCUUGGGACAUGGAUCAAGGUGGCCAGCGUCAGGUCAAACUUAUUUUGGGUGACGAUGCUCGGACAGUUUGCAAGUUCCCUAUCCCAGGUCUUCAUCCUUGGGAUGCCCUCCCGCCUGGCAUCGGUUUGGUUUGGUUCCGAAGAGGUGUCCACCGCCUGUUCCAUCGGCGUUUUUGGGAAUCAGUUGGGCAUUGCCAUUGGCUUCCUGGUGCCGCCCAUCCUCGUGCCAAAUGUUGACAAUAUAGACGAGCUGGCAUACCACAUCAGCAUCAUGUUCUACAUCACUGCUGGAGUGGCCACCGUGAUCUUCAUCCUCGUGGUCUUCAUGUUCCAAGAGAAGCCGGAAAUCCCUCCCACCCUGGCUCAGGUCCAGGCCAGGAGCAUCCCUCCAGAAGAGUACUCCUACGUGGCCUCUAUCCUGAGACUGCUGCGUAACCUACCCUUCAUGCUCCUCGUCAUCAGCUAUGGGCUGAAUGUCGGUUGUUUCUACGCUGUUUCCACACUGCUGAACCGGAUGAUCAUUGAGCAUUAUCCAGGUGAAGAGGUGAAUGCUGGAAGAAUUGGCCUCACCAUUGUCAUUGCGGGGAUGGUGGGGUCCCUCAUAUGUGGGAUCUGGUUGGACAAGACCAAAACCUACAAACAGACUACCCUGGCUGUAUAUCUUCUGUCCUUCGUGGGAAUGGUGGUCUAUGCCUUCACCCUCAACUUAGGCCACCUAUGGGUGGUGUUUGUAACAUCGGGGGCUCUUGGGUUCUUCAUGACCGGGUACCUGCCGCUCGGCUUUGAGUUUGCUGUGGAGCUGACCUUCCCAGAGUGUGAGGGCACCUCCUCAGGCCUGCUCAACUGUUCAGCUCAGAUAUUUGGGAUCAUAUUCACCAUCGGUCAAGGGAAGAUCAUAGAGCACUUUGGAACGUUCGCUGGGAACAUCUUUCUCUGUGCCUUCCUCCUCAUAGGCACUAUUAUGACAGCAUUCAUCAAGUCUGACCUCCGACGGCAAAAGGCCAACCAUCUGGCUGAGACACAGGCGGCAAGUGCUGCAGACUCCUCGUCUCGGAUACAGGACUACGGGGCCACAACACCCAGCAGAUCACAGGAGCAGCAAUCCUGACAUUAACUUCACUAAAACCCAAACACACACCUGCCAAGAAACAGGAAGGCAUCUCACCGCCAGCUACACUGAAGGAGGUCAAGGUAUAAGGAGGAAUUCCAGUUGGACAGGUGUGAGAAGACAGCCCAGCACACACUGACAUGUUUGAAAAUGACCAAAGGAUGUACACACAAACAGAUACAGUCCGUACAGUAAAACGCAUGCUGCUUUCCCUCUACAAAUGUGAAGGUGAGCACAUGCACAAGUGAUGAAUUUGGAUGAACAUGUAAUUACUACUUAAUUGAAACUAUGACACGGAGGACGCCUCUGAGGAAGUCAGAGCCCAGGAAUGUACUGUAGGCUGGGGCAUGGACACCCUGCUCUGGCUUUAGUUCCAGUGACUGCUCUUUCUACUGCCUAGCACAACUGGCUCCCCAGAUCUACUCAAGCCAUGCAGAGGAACUCACGUGGAACCUCACAUGUUCUCCCUCGACAGAUAACGAGUUUGAUUGUCAAGCACAACCGGAAGUAUUUCAAGUUUAAUGACCUGUUAAUUCAUAUUUAAGUGUCACUUUUUGAGAGUACGCUACGAAUGGUUCAUCUUUUCAUUUUGUUUACCUUUGUCUCCAAUCUAAAUCAUGUAAAUGUUGAUGUCUGUGCAUCCUGAUAUGAGCAGUAUUGUGCUUUUUGUUUCCUGACAUUUGGCCAAUACUAUACCGUAACCAAACUUAACAUUGCUAAAUGUAUUAAUAUAACUGCUGUAUCUUUGGAAUGCUAGUUAAAGGUAGACUACAGACUCAGUGGUUUCAGUUGAAUGGCAGUCUGUUCAGAGGUUCAGUCAAGCCAACUCACCUAGUGGUUUAACAUGAUUUUGAGAUUGCUAUCUGCCAAAUAGGAUUACAGAGAUACUUGUGGGUACUACUGAUAAUGGUGAAUAGGGCUGAUACUGUGCCUGAGUAUAUCUCAGAAGGAAUCAACCUGCUUUAACCACAUUCUUAGAAUAGCUGUUGUAUUCAAUGCUCUGCAUUGACUUGUUUUAGAGCCUAAAACGCAAUGAUAACAAUGUGAGCACAAAAUCAUUAGCGUGACGAGACAGACAAUCCAAUGGAUUUGUCAUUUUGCACAAGGUAGGCUAGUGUUGUAUUUUGUAUGUAUGAUUCUUUUGGUCUGUACAUUUGUUACUGAGAACUCUUUCAUGCCAUACUUAAUGAUAAUAGUGAGAUUUAAGAUGAAAUUCCAUAAGUGCAGUGUUUCAUCAGCUUUCUUUUUUUUGAAGGAUCAUUUUAUAUACAUCAAAUGGUGAUGUAAUUUUUGACUAUUUGUCAUACUCAGUAAUGAACAACAUAAUUAUAGUUUUGUAAAAAUGUUUGUAGACGCUGUUUGGACGAAUUGUCAGUGUGAACAAUUGUACAUGGUAAUCUGGUGAACUAAAUGUAAAAAACAUUUUAAAAUGCUCUGUUAUUUUAUCAAUGUAUGUGUUAUACCACACACAAAAUCCAGUAACAUACAGAAACCAUCACUGAGCAGUUUAGAAAUCAAGACAAAGGCCCAAUGUUGAGAGAAUCCAUUCAAGUACUGUACAUGGCACUCACACCAAAUUGUUCAUUUACAUAAAACAAUUCCAAAUCCAGUCAACCCUACCACACAUUAAUCAAACCAUUGUUAAUAUACAUAAAAUCAUCACUGUACAUUUAUGUACCAUUACUGUACAUGCUGAAACAUUUAUCGACAAUCCCUGUUCAAUUGUCCAUGCAAGAGUGAAACAGCUGUAGCCAAACUCUAGUAUAUCCUAGCACAGGUACAAAUCACGUAGGACAGGUACAAAUGACCUGCAGAAAAUAAAUUCCAGUUAUUGUAUACCCCCUCUUAAAAUCUUAAAGCUAUUGGACUUGUCUUUGUGUACAUACAGUAUAGUAAAUAGGCCACUCAUUAUUUAAGAGAAGAAGCAUACUAUCCCACAGCUCUCUCUAUUGCUGGGCUAAAUGGCACAAUGUAUAACAAAAGUUUUCUGUAGCUUGGAAUCAGUUUGGCUUCUUAUGCCAUGCAGCCACCUCCUCCUGAGGCUCUGGAACACACUGGAACCCAAUCAGCAUUCCCAUGAUAGAGAAACCUGGAGAGGUGAGAGGAUGGAAUGGGGUUUCCUCUGCAUAACAGACACCAGCAGCACAAGCUCUGAGCAAAUUAUAUCAGAUGAAAAAUGUUGUUGUGAGUGAUGCACAUUCUGUACCUGGUAGUUUGAUGAUUUACUAACACUGUGUUGUUACUGGUUAUAACAAAACAAGCUCACUAUUUGAUCAGAUGGGAUUAUAGAGCUGCAGUACUUUCUCGCCACAAUGAGAGGUGCCAUAAUGCCAAUGGUCAGAGGUGCCGUUUUGUGGAUGAAGGAUUGAUAGACUCUACAGUACCCCAUUCAUAGACACUAACUGCUUUUGCGCCUAUUGAUGAUAGCAUCUUCGGGUCGGGGGAGUUGUGUGUGUUAUGGGAGGGUCUCACACUCUGAACGUUGAAAAUGCAUCGGUUUUGGAAACAUAAGGAACCGAUCUUUCACAUCCGCUAGAAAUUAUUUUCAAAACAAACACACUUUAAUAGAGUUAGUGUUCCCACACAAAACGGCACCUUCUAGGUGUCACUGAACUGGAUUCAUUACCACCAACCCCGGACUGUAUUGUCUCAUUAUGCGCACCUGGUUCCAUUCCCCCUGAUUUGGAUAUAUAUAUAUUCCAAUCUAUACUGUAUAUCUCUCUCUCACACACACACACACACACACACACACACACACACACACACACACACACACACACACACACACACACACACACACACACACACACACACACACACACACACACACACACACACACACACACACACACACACACACACACACACACACACACACACACACACACGUGUGCCCUCUGUUCCCUUUUGUCCUCGUCGGUUGUUGUUACUAUGUCCGUUGGUCCUGUGAGUACCUGUGCUGUUGUAUCGGCUUCCAUGCUACGUGUUAUUAUGCACAUGUUUUACGGGUCCUGUCCCAUGUAUUGUUUAGGGAUUUACACCUCACUCUUUUGUUUGGGUGGAGAUAUAAAAAAACUAUUACGUA